CGAGUAUGUACUCAUAGUACAUACGUACUUGUAUUACAUUAUGCAUAUGAUGUCAUAUCCGGGUCCCAAACACAACUAAACAUAGCUCCUUGUGUGCGAACCCCCGACCUUUUAGUACAGGACAGGGUUGGUGAUGCGCUAAGACUUAGAGCAAAGGGGCAACAGGAAUGACAGUUCCCCUGCUACUGGGACAACAGGCUUGUGCCAGCAAGUAAAAUGCGUGUCCUGUUCUUCCCUGUAGUUUUAUGAUAGCAUAGCAGCGCAAUGGCCAGCCAGGAGCACCCAAGAAUACCGGAGACCCGUCUCCGGGAACUGGAAGCAGUUUUCUUGGGCGGCCCUAUCCAGGCGAAUGGCAAAUGUUUCUCGGUGGAAUCUUUGUUGGACGUAUUGCUGGUGCUUUACGACGAAUGUUGCAAUUCGUCGUUACGGAGAGAGAAAACAGUAUCAGAGUUCAUAGAAUCAGUGCGGAAAUGUGCAACUUAUGUGAAGGGUGCAAGAUUGUCUAGAGACGAUUUUGAAAUACUGAAAGUGAUAGGAAGAGGCGCGUUUGGCGAGGUUUGUGUGGUCAAGAUGAAAAACACUGAUAAGGUCUAUGCCAUGAAGAUUUUGAAUAAGUGGGAAAUGCUCAAGAGGGCAGAGACUGCGUGUUUUCAGGAAGAGAGAGAUGUGCUAGUUUUUGGAGACCGAAGAUGGAUAACAAACCUUCACUAUGCGUUUCAAGAUGACAACAACUUAUACCUUGUGAUGGACUACUAUUGUGGCGGCGACCUACUCACACUGUUAAGCAAAUUUGAAGACCGUCUUCCAGAGGACAUGGCCCGUUUUUACAUUGCUGAGAUGGUGCUGGCCAUCAACUCCAUUCAUGCCUUACGUUACGUACAUCGAGACAUCAAACCAGACAAUGUGUUAUUAGACGCCAACGGCCACAUUCGCCUUGCCGAUUUUGGAUCCUGCCUCAAAUUAUUUGAAGAUGGUACAGUGCAGAGUAAUGUCGCUGUUGGAACACCAGAUUAUAUAUCACCGGAAAUUCUUAGAGCCAUGGAGGAUGGGCAGGGUCGAUAUGGUCCCGAGUGUGAUUGGUGGUCCCUUGGCGUCUGCAUGUACGAAAUGAUCUAUGGUGAGACUCCCUUCUACGCCGAGUCACUAGUGGAAACAUACGGGAAAAUAAUGAACCACAAACAGAACUGUUUUGACUUCCCUACUGAUUCUGGCUGUGAAAUUUCUGACAAUGCAAAGGACCUCAUGAGGAAGCUCAUCUGCAGUUCAGAUUGCAGAUUGGGGCAGCAUGGCAUAAGUGAUUUCCAGACCCAUCCCUGGUUUGCUAACAUCGAUUGGGAAGGGCUUCGUGAAAGCACUGCCCCCUACAUACCUGAAGUCUCUAGUCCAACAGACACCUCUAAUUUUGAUGUAGACGACACAGACAUUAGAAUAUCUGACGCCGUGCCGCCCCAGGCGAACUCUGCAUUCAGUGGACUGCACCUGCCUUUUGUUGGAUUCUCAUUCACUCAAGGAAGUCCCUUGUCAGACCUCUGCUCUGGGCUUUCCAACGGAAUCCAGGCGGUCGCAGGCACAGAUCAGUCUGCCAAAAUAGCACAGCUUGAGGAGGAGAACGCUCGCUUGCAAAAGCGACUACAGUUGGGCUCUGGGCCAGCGUCAGAAGAGGUGAAAUUGUCGGCAGAUGAGUUCCGCAUGCUGCAAGAUAAAGUUAUGCUUCUUACGGAGAGAAAUACUGAAUUAGAGACUUCGCUCCACAGUCAGAGCAACUCAAAGGAUACUGAAGAGAUGGACAAGCUUGUUAGUGUGCUUAGGAAAGAGCUGGAAGAACUACAAAAGGAAAAACAGGAUUUUACUGAUAAGCUUAAAAUUCAAGAAAAGGAGCUGAAAGAUGCUCUUAGCCAAAGAAAGUUGGCAAUGACUGAAUACACUGAAGUUACAGAUAGGCUGUCGGAACUGCGUCAACAAAAACAAAAGUUAUCACGGCAAGUUAGGGAUAAGGAAGAGGAACUGGAACAAGCAAUGCAAAAAGUGGACGCACUACGACAGGACAUACGACGGGCUGAGAAACUCCGUCGCGAGCUUGAAGUUCGAAUUGAAGAAGCACAAGCAGAGGCUGGGAAGGAGAGGAAGUUACGCGAAAGGACUGAGGAAUACUGCAAACAGAUGGAGGAAGAAAUGGAAAAACUGCGCCAAAGAUCUGUCAUCAGCGGAGAUCCCAACGCUCCUGGCCUAAACAAAACCACUCAGGAACUUGUCAGAAUUAAAACCGACUUUGAAAGAAUGGAAGUUACGUACAACGAAGAACUAGCCGCACAGCAAAGCAGAUUCGGCAUUGAAUGCUGCAAUCUGCGUGAACAACUUGCUGAAGUUGAAUCUCAACGGGAAGUGCUUGAGCGGGAGGUGCAAAUUCUUAAAGACAAGUUUGACAAGUCGCGUCUAGAGAGUCUGACUGACAGUGAAGAAACGAUAUCAGAAAUCAAACGAAUUCACGAGAGAGAUAAGUUGAUCCUCAUCGAGGACAACAAGAAACUUAUUCAGGAUACUAAUACGCUAAGUGAAACCAUAAAUAGAAUGCAGAGGGACUAUGAAGAUUUGCGGAACAAGAAAGAGACAAUAGCUCAAUGGGAAGCGCAAAUCAGUGAAAUCAUUCAAUGGGUCAGUGAUGAGAAAGACGCCAGGAGCUACUUGCAAGCCCUUGCGUCCAAGAUGACUGAAGAGUUGGAGUUCCUCAAGCACUCUGGCGGUGCAGCACCCAAUUCCGACAAGGGCUGGCGGAAUAGGCGGUCCCAGAAGCUGGAAAAGAUGGAGCUCUUGAACCUUCAAAGUAGUUUGCAAUCUGAAAUCCAAGCCAAACAGGCAAUUAGUGAGGAACUUAGCAAGACAAGAUCUGAUCUCAUUGCAGCACAAAAGGAGCUGAGAGAAACUUUCCAACGGCUUGAAACAUUUGCUUCGGAAGUGAAGCGCAAGGACAUCCAAAUGAAGGAGUUGCAACAGCGGCUUGAGUCCGGAGAAGGAUCUGCUAAUUGGAGCCGAAAACAAGGAAGAACCCACACUUCCUCUGUGUCACACGGAGUUCGCAACUAUAUGUUGUCCCUAUUGGAAGUUUUGGACCGGCCACCUUCGCAAAUCUCAUACCUUGAUCAUUUCCUGAAAGAAUCGCCCAUUCGACAUGGUGGGUCCGUGGAAAGUGAAGAAGGGGACAUCGAGGACAACCGAGCGCCUUCCAUCACCAGCAGCAAAUCGAACUUGUCAGACCUGAGCUCUCAGCGGGUCAGACGCGGACAAGAACCUAGCUCUCCGAGCGACUCCAAAAUGUUGCCACAGUUGCCGAUGGGAAGUAUGUCAUCGAUGCGCUCCAUCGGUCCGAUCACGCUUGGCGACACACACUACAAGCCAAAAUCUCAUCAAUUCUUGGUGCGGACCUUUUCCUCUCCUACCAAAUGCAGCCACUGCACCUCCCUAAUGGUUGGAUUAACCAGACAAGGCGUUGUGUGUGAAGUGUGUGGUUUUGCUUGCCAUAUUGGUUGUUGUGAAAAAGUUCCUGCCAUUUGUCCUGUACCUGCGGAUCAAACUAAGAGACCUCUGGGAAUAGAUCCGACCAGAGGAAUUGGCACCGCGUACGAAGGAUACGUCAAAGUUCCCAAGCCUGGUGGAGUCAAGAAGGGCUGGAUUCGGCAGUUUGUGGUCGUCUGCGAUUUCAAACUGUUUCUCUACGAUAUUUCGCCUGAUCGGAAUGCUUUGCCCAGUGUCCACGUUUCUUUGCUCCUGGACAUGAGGGAUGAAGAUUUUUCUGUCAGCUCAGUCAGGGACUCUGAUGUCAUACACGCCACCAAGAAAGACAUACCCUGCAUAUUUAGAAUCACUACGUCGCUAAUGGAAUCGAGUGGAAUGAAAAAUCAAACCUUGAUGCUUGCUGAUACUGAAAGCGAGAAGACCAAAUGGGUAGUUGCUCUCUGCGAACUUCACCGCAUCCUCAAACGAAAUAAUCUUCCCAAUAGGACUGUUUUCCGGGCAAAGGAUCUCUUGGAUAAUAAUUUAGCUUUCAUAAAGAACGCUAUGUCUGGUGCAAUAAUCGACCCUGAUCGACUAGUCUUGGGCACUGAAGAGGGUCUAUUCUGUUUAGACUUGGACAGGAGUGAAAUCGCUAGGGUGGGCGAUGGCAAAAAGAUUUUCCAAUUGGAGUACAUCAUUGAGGAGCAGCUGCUAGUAGUUCUGGCUGGCAAGCAGCGGCAGGUGCGUCUAGUGCCUGUGAGGGCACUGGAUGGAUCAGACGUUGAGUGGGUCAAGGUGGGCGACUCAAAAGGCUGCAUUUCUUUCACCACUGGCCUUAUGAAGAAGAUACCUGGUGCAGCAAACACAUACUGCUUGUGUGUUGCCAUCAAGAAGCAAAACACCUCGCAAGUCAUCAUUUAUGAAAUCACAAGGACCAAAGUCAGACACAAGCGGCUGCGUGAGGUUCUGCUUCCAACGCAAGCCCAAACGCUAAACAUUUUCAGUGACGGCCGCCUUUGCGUUGGCUACCAGUCAGGGUUUACCAUCUACAGCAUCCUUGGUGACCAGCAUCCCAUGUCUCUAGUCCACCCAGACAAUCAGAUGUUGAGCUUUUUGACGUACAGUGCAGUGGAUGCUAUGUUGGCCAUAGAGUUGAACAGCAAGGAGUUCUUGCUGGUAUUUCAAACUCUAGCAGUGUAUGUGGACGCCCAGGGUCGCAAGUCAAGGGAAAAGGAGAUCAUGUAUCCAGCUAUCCCGCUUGCAGUCAGCUGCCAAGGAGGUCACUUGCUUGUCUACAGUGAAACGCACGUUGAUGUCUUCAAUGUAGCUACAGGCGAUUGGAUCCAAACUCUGAAUUUGAAAAAGUGCUUCCCUCUGGAUACACACGGCUCUCUAGACAUGUGCACGGUCAAUGAUAUGCCGCACAUGAUUUACAUCUGCAACAUUCAUCAACCCGGUGAGCUGGUGAACACAUCUCAGUCUGAUCUUUCUGGCCGCAAAAUGCCACGACCCAAAAGACGCUUUUCGCUGCGAGAGGCUAACAAGUCUACCAGAACGACCGACAGGAGGUCAAAGCUCAUAUCCGCACCGACAAACUUCAAUCACAUCAGCCACAUGGGACCCGGAGAUGGAAUCCAAAAUCAGCGCCUGCUUGACUUGCCAACCACCCUUGAAACUGCGGACCAUCAGCCGCUUGCCUCGCCUCAACCUCUUGCCACUCCUCCCAGGAGCUUCCAUUCGUUGGGAUCAUCCACUAAGUCAUUAGCAGCUUCCCAUCAUUCUGACUCCUUAAAGGGACACCCGCCAAGACUCCCACCUCAACCACCUCCCUCUCACAAUGGUUCAUCUCGCAGAUCGUUAGGCCCAAUGAGACCAACAGUCACUCCACCCUCAUUGCCGCGAACCCCAGACAUUGAUUCGGAAGCCACCAGCUCUCACCUUUCUGCAGGCAGUGCAGGCUCCCUGCAUGAUACAAGCAGAGAGCUUGGUCUGAGCGGUAGCCCAAGGCACUCGAUCGCCUCCAACAACAGCAGCAACCUAAGUACUCCACCUAGUCCGGCGCACGAGCAGGACUCAAGUUAUGACAGUUAAGAAGCUUAGUCAAUAUCGCAAACAGGAAACAAAAGUAAUUAAAUAACAAGCGUGCUCCACUCAUACCUCCUGAAAAUGCAUUAUAUCGUCUUCUUCCACUCGAUUCCCUAGCGAUGUAGCAAACGUACGAGAAAGUGAUUAGUUACGAAAAUUUGUACAGCAAUUUGCCUUAUUUAUGCUUUGACGAGAGCAGGUUUACAUGUUUAAAUUAUCUCGACCUAUGACAGACACGUCAUUAAGUUGUUCUCUAUCCGAAAUUGUCUUUAGCCCUUCUAACUGUUAACAGGGGGAUUUUUACUACUAGUCAACUAAAACAAAUUGUCACAUGUACAUUAUUAUUUUAAUAAUAUUAUUGUCUGUGCUUUAUUUAUACUGUAUAUAAGUUUUUGUUUUUGAAAUGAAAUCGGAUAAAUUACUCAAGUCUGACGAACUUAUAACGAUGGGCAGUACAUUAGAAACAGAAAAGAAAUGGUACAAAUUAUCAAAAACUCCAAUUGGUUUGCAGUGCUUUGCUUAGUCAUGAAGAUAAAUUACAAAUUUCAUAGCUGUCAUCCCCAUAAAUUAGGUGAGGUCAAACUAAGCUAAAAAUUUGAUGUGAAAUCGCUGCUCAUGUGCAAUUAUGACCAUGUUUGGUCAGUUUUACGGCCUGUUUGUGUUUGAACAAAUUUGUUCCGACUGUCUCAGCCAGCAAGCUUUGACCUCGCGAUUCAAUACCACCUUUACUUCCUGAAAGUACCAUUCCACAAGAUUAUGGCGAAUUUCUGCGCCUACUGCUGCGACAUGAAAGCCCUUAAAUUACCAAUUUACCCAAUAAGUAUACCGGUGUGAUUUGAUCUUCUCUAUCUUAAAUUCUACCAGCGCCACGAGCUUAGUUUGUGCAAUCUGAUGAACAACUGCCAUGCAGAACGAGCUGACUUGAUUCAUUUGCAUGUGCUCACACCACACACUAGUUUUUAACGAUUCACCCCCACUGGUCAUGGACGAUUCACUUGGGAAUAAUGCAUUUUUCAACCGAAGAUGUGAAAAACCAUUGUCCGCUUGCAUAAAAAUACACAUACACACAUUCAUACACUCAUACGCAACACAAAACACACUCAUUGCUUUAUAUCGUUUUAAUUUAUUUAUUCUCGCUGUUUUGAAUUACUUGUUUUGUAUUGUAUCUUGUUAUUACUCUUUUUGCAUUCAAUUUCAGGAGAUAUUUCUCAAAUCAAAUGCAGAGUGUUAAAGAAAAGGAGAGCGCAUCUGUACAUUAUUAAUAAAGUCUGUAUAAGUUAUUUAAUUCAGCAUACACAAUUAAACAAAAUGCGAAUCAUAA